AUGGAAGUUUCUCCUCCUUGUCAGCCAGGCCGCCCCAAUACUCCCGCGAAAGGCGCCUCAUCGAGCAUUCCACCACCACGGUUGUCGACGAAGAGAGACGUCAUGGACGCCUCUCAUCUUUACUCCCCAGGCCUAACGAUAGAUCGUUUCCUGUCAUUUCGGACGUCGUCCAAUAUGGACACCGGGGCGCCGCUCUUUGCGCUCGUCACUCUCCUCACCUGGACUUGA